GAUCUCUGAUGUGGCUGGGUGAGCAAAUAGGGAAUUAUUGCAAAAACAAAAUUUUUGUUUAAGUAAACCAAAAAGUUAGUUAAAAAUUCUAUUAGGCAGUAUUAAACGAAAGCGAAUAAAAAUAAAAAAUAAAUAAACGAUGCAAAAUGUGGACACUAACAAAAACAACGAAUUUAUACUUAAUGCUCAUAGUAGAAAUGUUUUUCAUUUUACCGACCUUUGCGUUAUCAGACAAACGUUUGUGUGCAGAUGAAAAAUGUUCUAGUGUUAUUUCUGUGGGCAGGGGCACAAUUACUUAUCGAGCUGGAAAAAAGGGCAUGGUGUCAUUUCAAAUUAAUGCCGCUAUACGUAUCAAAUCGAAAAGUGCUGGAAGUGAUAUGUCAUUGUGGGGUGUCGAAGUAAAUGGCCGUGAAGGCUUUGCCCCGAAACAGUACAUUAAAGAGACUAAAGUGUUUAUAAAAGAAAAAGAUCUGAAACAUGUGGUGAGUGUAAUAACACCAAAUGAUUCCACAAGCGAUGUUAUUAAGCUCAAUACUACAAGUGGGACAAAAGAAAAUGACGUUGUCCGAAUAGUACCAGCUGAAGUUUCUGCACCCAUAAUUGAAACCGAAGAAGCAGUUAUUCAGACACUUAAUGAAACUACUACUAAUGCCACAACAAUUUUAACGGCAAUUCCAGAAGAAGCAAAAAUACCUUCCUUAGGAGAAAAUCAGGAGAGCUUCAGGCCUAGUGAAGAAGUUCACGAAGAAGAAGAAGACGACGACGACGACGACGAAUUUGUUGAAGAUUACGAAGAUGAUGAAGAAAAUGAAAUUAUUGAUGAGGAAGAUGAAAACCUCGAAUCCGAAAAUCCUCAACCCACGCGCAGAAAAGUUUUAAAUGUUGAUAGAGGAGAAGUAGAGGAAAAUGGUAAUCGUGCAUCUGCGGAGGCAGCUUUAAAAGAAGAUGAUGAUACCAGAAGUAGUGAAAUCGUCUCAACAAUGCUACCUUUAACAAAAAAUGACCAAAAUAUAAAUAAUAUAAAGUCUUCUCCGCUGCCUUUUGAUGAUGCCAAGACUCCUGAAGGUCAUAAAAAUAGUGAAAGUGCCAGGGACAGUCAAGAAAAAUUUUUCGGAACCCAACGUUCAGGAAAUUCUUCAAUAAUUGCUUCACAUGAGCAAGAUUCGUUUGUUACGCAGUCGCUAGAUAAUACAAAUGUGCCUAACGAAGAUAAACUUUAUCCUACUAAUACAGUUCCUAGAAAUGAAUCAAGCAAAAGCCAGGAAAGGAGAAUCACAAACUCUUUUAAUUCUAAUGAAGUAAUAGAAAUGUCGUCUGAAGCCGAUCUUGUUUCAAGCGACGGGACCAUCCCUACCGAAGCGGUAAUAGUUUCUUCUGAGAAUGAAACCGGUGGAAAGAAGAUUGAUACAAAUAAUAGUAAAGACCGAGUAGACCCCUUAUAUGAAGAGCAGCCAACAACAACUGUCGGACAAUCAGCAAUAAAGAAAGUUCCAGAUACUGCCGCGGAAGUAUCCUUGGAAAAAACAGUACAAAAUGAAGAACUGAUACGUCUAAUGGCGAAAGUCGAAAGAGAAUCUUCUGCUAGCGCUAAUAAGGAACUAGAAGUGAAUAGCCAAAUUUUUGUAAAAAAAGAUUCUAAUGAUUCUCAUGAGAAAAUCGCAACUGCGGAAACGCCAUACCAUGGGCAUCAAGACGUGCCCACUCCGACUUUGCCCGUAAUUGAUAAUAGUGCGAUUGAAUUCUAUGCAGAAUCUACUACGCCAUUGUCCUUAACAGAUAGUAGCCCCACUGAAAUUUAUACAGAGUCCACAACACCAUUACUCUUAGUCGAUAGUUCUGAAGUCUAUGUGGAAAACUCUUCACCCUUACCACCUUCUUACCAAGCUGAUAGCAGUUCUAAUGAAAUCUAUGCCGCUUCAACCACGCCAUCGCCCUUUGCUGAUAGCAGGCCUACCGAAAUCUAUUUCGAAAAGGCUACGUCUUUACCCUUAGCUGAUAGCAGCGUCAAUGAGAUAGUUGGCGAAGGUUAUGAAUAUACCACAGUAACAGAACAAAAUGCUGAAGCUGUAUCAAUAAGAGAUCUACCCGCUGAGGCUCCUCAAAUCUCCAGCGCAGGAGAAAAAAACGAUUUUGUUUCGGAAGUAAAGCCACCCGAACUUACCCAGGAACCAACCGCACUGCCCUCAAAACCUACGUCUAUAGAAAAGCCUUCAAACGAAGCAAAAGAGAAGGGUCUAUUUGCUACUAUCUUAAGCACGGUCAACAAUAUGUUAGUCGGCGACAAAAGGCAUUUAAAUCAGGAUAGUGCAGGCAAGGAUGAUGAAUUAGAUAAAAUACUAUAUCCAGAAAAAGAUGCCAUUGAAUUCAAGAAACAUGGCGUUGAACAUGAAGGCGAUCAACAAUAUUGCGAAAAAUUGGGACCGAACGAUUGUCCCCGUUCUGAAAUUCAAAACGAUGCGCAUAACCAACAUUCGAGUGAGCAAUGCGCAUGCUCCAAUACAAGUCUGUUUUCCUCUAAUGUCACCUUUGACAAUUUCAUUGAUAUUUUGCUAUCCAAAAUAUUAGAAAUGAGUGAACUUUUGGCUUGCCUGAUAAUAGCAGCUGCUGCUACGCUUUUCUUUAUUUUUGGCUAUUAUUGCUUUUGCAAUAACAGUCGUGAAGGUGCUUUGCUCUCGAAGCUUAAUCAAUUAGAAAGUAGCUUAUUGGCUUCGCAUAAAGAGAAUGCUAUAUUGAAAUUCAAUCUCAUAGCUGUACGUCAAAAGUUGGCCAGCGUUGACGAUAAUACCUUUGGAUCAAAUAAUGAGGUAAUUUCUCUGCAAAAAAAACUGAAAGAAGAGACGGCUGAAAAGGCCCGCUUGCAAGAGCUAGUUUUUAGCCUGCAAAAGGAAUUGGAAAAUGCGGCUGACGAUGGUAUAGAGCUUAACAAAAUUGUGGCUGAACUAUUGAGCAAUCAAACGGGUGAUGAAUCUAUUAUAAGCAGUGUAGAAGCUUUGCAAGGACAACUUAACGAUCAACAAAAUACAAUUUUGGAUAUAAAUACUCGCUUAGCAGAGAAGAGUCGUGAAAAUAGUGAAUUGCAAUUGCUGAUUGCUGAGCAGAAUGCUCGUUACGAGUCUCAAAUAGAAAAUAUACAACGUGAUAAUGAUGAAUUGGAAGCAGAAAAGGGAAGUUUGGUUACACGUUUAGAAGAGCUUAAAAGUGAAUUCGAUCGCGACAUAAAUGCAGCUCUGGAUGGUAAGAAUUUUGAGAUUAAACGCCUACAGGAAGAAAUUCUUGAAUUAAGUAAUCAACUGGAGGCUGAGCAUACCAAAUGGCAGACCAGCUUAGCCAAAGUGGAAGCAUUACAAGAAUGUCUUAAGAGUGUUAAGCAUGACCCAAAACUAAUAGCCCAUGUUGUCGAUGUCGCUAACGUAAGAGCUGAAGUUUUUGAUGCCCAAAAGAAGUAUACUACACUGAAAGAACGUUUUGAUGUGGAAACUGAUGGUCGUAAAUUGGCUGAAAAUCAACUGGAAAUUGCUUCUUCUGAGCUAGCAAGACUUAAGCAGGACUUCAAUCAAGCAGAAAAGGAUAAAUUGGAGGCGCAAACACGUUUGGAAGUGCUUUCCAAUUAUUUUAAAGAGAAAGAAACCCAGUUACAGAAGGAACUCAGUUUAAAGGAGGCCAUGUGGUUAAAACAACAGGGUGAAACUACUACUACUGUAGAUCGUUUGACUGCCAUGCAAGAUGAAAUACAAUCAUUGAAAUCCCAAAACGAUGCUCUACGUGCAGAAAUGGAAGCACAAAUAGCAGCUCAUAAAGCUCAGAUUGGUACAUUGGAAAAUCGAGCACAUGAAACAUGGCUGGCCGCACGUCAGGCGGAUCGUCGGUACGAAGAAUCUAGAGCCGAAGCCGCUAUCCUGAGACGCAAAUUAACUGCCUUGGCCGGAGGAAAUAAAGAUGAAAUCAAUAGAUCAAAUGUCGCUUCCACAGGUGUUGGAGAUGAAAUAGUAGGUGCACCUUCCCCAUUGCAUAUGGAGGCACCCACUUUUCCUUUAAUGGGCCGUUUGCCGCCACCGCCAUUUUUGCCCCCACCAUUUAUGGGUCCACCGCCACCCUUUAUGCGCUUGCCACCACCACCGUUUGUGCCGCCUGGUGAAAUGCGUGAAAUGCGUCCAGCGCCAUUGGGACGCAUCAUGUCACCGCCUCCUCCGCAUUCGGUACGCUUUUCACCUCAUCAUGUAGAUUAUGAAGACUAUGUGGAUUAUGAGCAUGAAAAUAAUUGGCCACGUCAUCCUUACUCUCCGCCACCACGCACAUAUCGCUCACUAUCACCGACCGAUAGUCGUUACAAUUAUGUAGGCCCUGAACGCGAUUUAAUUUCUACUUAUGAUACUGAAACGGAUUUUAGUCGUCCACCCAGUCCUGAAGAAGCGCGAAAAUUGCGAAGCGGACAUGCAGCUAACGGAUCACGAAACGGCAAUUGUAAUCUUAAAAAAUCCUCAGUUAAAAAAGGUAUAAUAAGUUCUGAGUCGGACAAUUCAAAUAACUCUUCAUCGCAACAAAGCAAAUCAAAGAAUGGUGCUGUCAAAUCUAUAGUUUGAUUUCAAUUAGUUCGAUUUAAUCAAUCAAUGAAAAAAAGAAAAACGACUAAAACCUAGUAAUAAUUCCAUAACGAUGCAUUAAGCUCGAGUGUUUUUUGGCGUCCUUAAGGUCGUUAAGUUUGUUAUAUAUAUAUGUAACUUAAUUCUGAUAUUAAUAACUAAUCAUUAAAAUGAGAUAAUGCCAAAAAAGAAAGGAAAAUAUAAAUACAUUACCCGAAUAAUAGCGGAGAGUGGAGAAGUUCAAGCAGAAAUGAAAGAGCAAGAUAUUUUCAAUUUUAUUGUAGAUGAAAAGAAAUUAGCAACAAAUCACUUAAACAAAAUUUUUGUUACACCUUACAAU